AUGCCGCCUAAGAUUGAAGUCCAAGUUGCCGCCUUGAGCACCGCCUUGAGCACCGCCUUGAGCACCGCCUUGAGCACCGCCUUGAGCACCGCCUUGAGCACCGCCUUGGGUCCUUUACCAGGUUCAUCCUGCCGCUCGACAGACCGCCUGCUGAAAAUUGUUCACAGCCUCACCGCUGAGAGCCACGAUUGCACAACCGCAACGCCGACCGCUUCCUGCAUCUAG